AUGCCGGGUGCCUCCUGUGGGUUCUGGCGAGACCCUGUCUCCUGUGGAGAUCCCUCGUCCACGUACAUCAGGCAGCUGGAGACCAAGGUGAAGCUUCUGGAGGGUGACAACAAGCUCCUCACGCAGCAGGCAGGCCCUGGAGAGUACCGGACGCUGCGGAAAGGCUUCUCGCCGUACCACUCAGAGUCCCAGCUCACGUCCCUGCUGCCCUCCUACCAGGACUCCCUGCAGAAUGGCCCGGCCUGCCUCGAGCUGCCCUCCCCGCCUCCAUCUGGCUACGGCUCUUCAGCACAGAAGCCUGAGGCUGUCAUGCACGCCAUGAAGGUCCUGGAGGUGCACGAGAACUUGGACCGGCAGCCCCGGGACAGCUGUGAGGAGGAUCUCACUGAGAAGGAGAAGGCCAUCGUCCGCGAGAUGUGCAACGUGGUCUGGCGAAAACUGGGGGACGCCGCCAGCUCCAAGCCCUCCAUCCGGCAGCACCUGUCUGGGAACCAGUUCAAGGGGCCUUUGUAG